AUGAACACGACCCUGUUCUAUCUUUUCCAGGCAGAGCAGGACAACGGCCACCCCCUGCCUGCGUUUGCUAACCUCCACAUCGAGGUUCUGGAUGAGAACAACCAGGCACCAUACUUUCAAGAGACCACGUACCAGGGCUUCAUCAUCGAGUCAGCGCCAGUGGGCACCACAUUGUUCACCGACGUCAGCCUCACCACCCCCCUGGGCAUCAAGGUCCUGGACAACGACAUUGAGGAGGUAAGACCUCAUAGCCGACCAGUCUCUUCGUUCAUUCAUUCGUUAAUUAAUUUGUUCAUUCAUUUAUUCAUUCAUUUAUUCAUUAUUUCAGUCAUUCAUUCACACACACUCUUUCUAUGGAAUAGUGCUGUAGAUCUUGAUGAGAGAGUUCACGAUCAUGUCGAGGUCAAGAGCAGAGAGAUUGAGAGCUAAUCUUGUUACAGUACAUAGAUUCAAGUGACUGUCUAGAUACAGUUCCAGGAUCCAAGUAUGUCAGCUUCAAAAAAGGUAUUUGCUCUUUCAAGAUGAUACUAUAGGAAUGAAUCAGCAAAGAACAUGCAUGACUUUUGUUUUAACCCCAUUUUAACACCAUCCCCCAGUUCUCAUUGGUUGAGCAGGUUGUCCAAUCACACUUUUUGUUUUGUUCUCUUAAUUCAGCUCCUCCCUGGUGAUGAACCUGUAGGUAUUAGCCAAUGCAUUAGUGCUUAGUGAUUAGUGAUUACUAGUGUGAAGUUCUCUUUCUCUCUUAUUCUGCUGAUCAGCCUCUUUUUUAAACUAUCCAAUUCUUCUAGUUACAUGGUUUCCGCUUCACGCCUUGUUUAUAGAUUUUUGUUUAAAUUUGUAGCUAGCUUGGUUAGUCUUUGAAGUGCAAUUAUCUAUUUUUCUCUAACCUGAGGAACUUGUAGUAAUGUAGGAAAAUGUUUCCCACAGUACAUGGAUGCUUGUAUUACAUUGAUAAGGCAUAUAGUUGUGUAUAGUUGUUACUAGUGCCAUAUGUGCUGUAUAUACGUAUAUACUAUGGGUUUAGCCUGGUCUACAGAUCCUUACAACCAGUGGAGUUGUUUCUCACAUGCCGAUCUGGAGCAGGCUAAGGCCAAUGUGGGUUGGAUUAUUUUGGGAAACCCCAUGCUGAUGGAAGCUGUCAUCUCCCGCUGUGCGGGGUGUUGGGAGAGGGGACCUCUAAUAACACACAGCCCUUUGUUAAAAGUGUCUGUGGUGAUUAUUACUCUAAUUACUUUUAUUUGCCACAGCUGAAUUUAUUUAUGUCUCCCUCCGUCCGGAAGGGCAGCGGCGUAAGUUCAAUAUCCACUAAAGCAGCAUCAACAAUAUCCACAGUGCUGAGGGGUGCAUAUUAGUAAUGAAGGCUGUCGCCUGUCUGGAAUGGGCCUGUAUUAAAAGGACUGGCUUGCGGAUCCAAUUCCUAUAGGGCUCUGGUCAAAAGUAGUGCGCUAUAUAGUGAAUAGGGGUAAGCAGUGGAUGAGGCUGGACUUUUCAUUACUGGUCUGUAUUCAUACACGUAUGUAUCCAGGUGUUGCUCUGUGUGUGCAGAACACAACCGCGACACAAGGACUACAAAGCCUUGCAGGACUUCAGAUGGAUUAGGGAAAGUUAUGGGGUUUAACAUUCGAAAGCAUGUUUAGAUUGGCACAACAGACCCCGCAACACUCCGCGACACAGCCAUACAGAUACUGUGGACAGACAGUGCAUUGAUAACAACAAAUCCUUAGUAUACUUUGUAAUGCAUUCAGCAAAUAUGAUAAGGAUGUCAACAUCAGUGCCAUGGUAAUACCGUACUAUGUACAAAGAGCUGCAUAAUUGUUUUUCAUUGUCAUUCAACACCACCAUGGACAAACAGUUUAUUCAUAUUUAAUGGAAACUAAAUGGUUUGAUAGGCAAAUAAAUUAAAACUGUGAGAUGACUUCGUAUUUCAAAUGUUAUGAGUGUUUAUCCUCACAUACAGUACCAGUCCAAAGUUUGGACACACCUACUCAUUCAAGGGUUUUUCUUUAUUUUUAUAUUUGAGAUUCUUCAGUGUAGCGCCAGGGUAGUGGGUUUGAUCCCCGGGACACCCAUACGUAAAAAUGUAUGCACACAUGAUUGUAAGUCGCUUUGGAUAAAAGCGUCUGCUAAAUGGCAUAUUAUUAUUAUUAUUUAUUUUUACUAUUUUCGCCAUUGUAGAAUAAUAGUGAAGACAUCAAAACUAUGAAAUAACACAUAUUAAAUCAUGUAGUAACCAAAAAAGUGUUAAACAAAUCAAAAUAUUUUUUAUAUUUGAGAUUCUUCAGUGUAGCCACCCUUUGCCUUGAUUACAGCUUUGCACACUCUUGCCAUUCUCUCAACCAGCUUCAUGAAAAUGUUUCCCACAGUACAUGGAUGCCUGUAUUACAUUGAUAAGGCAUAUAGUUGUGUAUAGUUGUUACUAGUGCCAUAUGUGCUGUAUAUACGUAUAUACUAUGGGUUUAGCCUGGUCUACAGAUCCUUACAACCAGUGGAGUUGUUUCUCACAUGCCGAUCUGGAGCAGGCUAAGGCCAAUGUGGGUUGGAUUAUUUUGGGAAACCCCAUGCUGAUGGAAGCUGUCAUCUCCCGCUGUGCGGGGUGUUGGGAGAGGGGACCUCUAAUAACACACAGCCCUUUGUUAAAAGUGUUUGUGGUGAUUAUUAUUCUAAUUACUUUUAUUUGCCGCAGCUGAAUUUAUUUAUGUCUCUCUCCGUCCGGAGGGGCAGCGGCGUAAAUUCAAUAUCCACUAAAGCAGCAUCAACAAUAUCCACUAAAGCAGCAUCAACAAUAUCCACAGUGCUGAGGGGUGCAUAUUAGUAAUGAAGGCUGUCGCCUGUCUGGAAUGGGCCUGUAUUAAAAGGACUGGCUUGCGUAUCCAAUUCCUAUAGGGCUCUGGUCAAAAGUAGUGCGCUAUAUAGUGAAUAGGGGUAGGCAGUGGAUGAGGCUGGACUUUUCAUUACUGGUCUGUAUUCAUACACGUAUGUAUCCAAAUAUGAUAAGGAUGUCAACAUCAGUGCCAUGGUAAUACCGUACUAUGUACAAAGAGCUGCAUAAAUGUUUUUCAUUGUCAUUCAACACCACCAUGGACAAACAGUUUAUUCAUAUUUCAUGGAAACUAAAUGGUUUGAUAAACAAAUAUUUUAAAACUGUGAGAUGACUUCGUAUUUCAAAUGUUAUGAGUGUUUAUCCUCACAUACAGUACCAGUCCAAAGUUUGGAGCGGUCUAUGUAUAUUUGUAAACAACAGCUGGUUCACGAUAUCUAAGGAAGUCUCAAGGUUUUUCUCACCUGAGGUAGAGUAUCUCAUGAUAAGCUGUAGCCCACACUAUUUACCAAGAGAGUUUUCAUCUUUAUUCUUCGUAGCUGUCUAUUUACCACCACAAACCGAUGCUGGCACUAAGACCGCUCUCAAUGAACUGUAUACAGCCAUAAGCAAACAGGAAAACGCUCAUCCAGAGGUGGCGCUCCUAGUGGCCGGGGACUUUAAUGCAGGGAAUUUACAUCCGUUUUACCUAAUUUCUACCAGCAUGUUAAAUAUGCAACCAGAGGGGAAAAAAACUCUAGACCACCUUUACUCCACACACAGAGACGCGUACAAAGCUCUCCCUCACCCUCCAUUUGGCAAAUCUGACCAUAAUUCUAUCCUCCUGAUUCCUGCUUACAAGUAAAAACUAAAGCAGGAAGCACCAGUGACUCGGUCAAUAAAAAAGUGGUCAGAUGAAGCAGAUGCUAAGCUACAGGACUGUUUUGCUAGCACAGACUGGAAUAUGUUCCGGGAUUAUUCCGAUGGCAUUGACGAAUACACCACAUCAGUCACUGGCUUCAUCAAUAAGUGCAUCGAUGACGUCGUCCCAACAGUGACUGUACGUACAUACCCCAACCAGAGGCCAUGGAUUACAGGCAACAUCCACACUGAGCUAAAGGGUAGAGCUGCCGCUUUCAAGGAGCAGGACUCAAACCGGAAGCUUAUAAGAAAUCCCGCUAUGCCCAUCAAACAGGCAAAGCGUCAAUACAGGACUAAGGUCGAAUCGUACUACACCGGCUCCGACGCUCGUCGGAUGUGGCAGGGCUUGUAAACUAUUACAGACUACAAAGGGAAGCACAGCCGCGAACUACCCAGUGACACGAGCCUACCAGACGAGCUAAAUUACUUCUAUGCUCGCUUCGAGGCAAGUAACACUGAAACACGCAUGAGAGCAUCAGCUGUUCCGGACGACUGUGUGAUCACGCUCUCCAUAGCCGAUGUGAGUAAGACCUUUUAAACAGGUCAACAUUCACAAGGCGCACGGAUUACCAGGACGUGUACCCUGAGCAUGCGCUGACCAGCUGGCCAGUGUCUUCACUGACAUUUUCAACCUCUCCCUGUCUGAAUCUGUAAUACCAACAUGUUUCAAGCAGACCACCAUAGUCCCUGUGCCCAAGAACACUAAAGUAACCUGCCUAAAUGACUGCCGACCCGUAGCACUCACGUCUGCAGCCAUGAAGUGCUUUGAAAGGCUGGUCAUGGCUCACAUCAACACCAUUAUCCCAGAAACCCUAGACCCACUCCAAUUUGAAUACCGCCCCAACAGAUCCACAGAUUAUGCAAUCUCUAUUGCGCUCCACACUGCCCUUUCACACCUGGACAAAAGGAAUAUGUGAGAAUGCUAUUCAUUGACUACAGCUCAGCGUUCAACACCAUAGUGCCCUCAAAGCUCAUCACUAAACUAAGGACCCUGGGAUUAAACACCUCCCUCUGCAACUGGAUCCUGGACUUCCUGACAGGCCACGCCCAGGUGGUAAGGGUAGGUAACAACACAUCCGCCACGCUGAUCCUCAACACGGGGGCCCCUCAGGGGUGCGUGCUCAGUUCCCUCCUGUACUCCCUGUUCACUCAUGACUUCAUGGCCAGGCACGACUCCAACACCAUCAUUAAGUUUGCCGAUGACACAACAGUGGUAGGCCUGAUCACCGACAACGAUGAGACAGCCUAUAGGGAGAAGGUCAGAGACCUGGCCGUGUGGUGCCAGGACAACAACCUCUCCCUCAACGUGAUCAAGACAAAGGAGAUGAUUGUGGACUACAGGAAAAAGAAGAGGACCGAGCAUGCCCCCAUUCUCAUCGAUGGAGCUGUAGUGGAGCACACCAACACAGUCGUGAAGAGGGCACGACAAAACCUAUUCCCCCUAAGGAGACUGAAAAUAUUUGGCAUGGGUCCUCAGAUCCUCAAAAGGUUAUACAGCUACAACAUCGAGAGCAUCCUGACUGGUUGCAUCACUCCCUGGUAUGGCAACUGCUCAGUCUCCGACUGCAAGGCACUACAGAGGGUAGUGCGUACGGCCCAGUACAUCACUGGGGCCAAGAUUCCUGCCAUCCAGGAGCUCUAUACAAGGCGGUGUCAGAGGAAGGCCCUAAAAGUUGUCAAAGACUGUUCUUGAUGAGAGAGUUCACGAUCAUGUCGAGGUCAAGACUGUUCUCUCUGCUACCGCACGGCAAGCGGUACCAGAGAUCCAAGUCUAGGUUCAAGACACUUCUAAGCAGUUUCUACCCCCAAGCCAUAAGACUCCUGAACAUCUAAUGAAAUGGCUACCCAGACAAUUCCUGUCAUUUAAUCCUAGUAAAAAUUCCCUGUCUUAGGUCAGUUAGGAUCACCACUUUAUUUUAAGAAUGUGAAAUGUCAGGAUAAUUGUACAGAGAAUGAUUUAUUUCAGCUUUUAUUUAUUUAAUCACAUUCCCAGUGGGUCAGAAGUUUACAUACACUCAAUUAGUAUUUGGUAGCAUUGUCUUUAAAUUGUUUAACUUGGGUCAAACGUUUCGGGUAGCCUUCCACAAGCUUCACACAAUAAGUUGGGUGAAUUUUGGCCCAUUCCUCCUGACAGAGCUGGUGUAACUGAGUCAGGUUUGUUGUCCUCCUUGCUCGCACACGCUUUUUCAGUUCUGCCCACAAAUGUUCUAUAGGAUUGAGGUCAGGGCUUUGUGAUGCCCACUCCAAUACCUUGACUUUGUUGUCCUUAAGCCAUUUUGCCACAACUUUGGAAGUAUGCUUGGGGUCAUUGUCCAUUUGGAAGACCCAUUUGCGACCAAGCUUUAACUUCCUGACUGAUGUCUUGAGAUGUUGCUUCAAAAUAUCCACAUAAUUUUCCUUCCUCAUGAUGCCAUCUAUUUUGUGAAGUGCACCAGUCCCUCCUGCAGCAAAGCACCCCAACAGCAUGAUGCUGCCACCCCCGUGCUUCACGGUUGGGAUGGUGUUCUUCGGCUUGCAAGCACCCCCUUUUUCCACCAAACAUAACAAUGGUCAUUAUGGCCAAACAGUUCUAUUUUUGUUUCAUCAGACCAGAGGUUGCAAACCGUAGUCUGGCUUUUUUAUGGCGGUUUUGGAGCAGUGGCUUCUUCCUUGCUGAGCGGCCUUUCAGGUUAUGUCGAUAUAGGACUCGUUUUACUGUGGAUAUAGAUACUUUUGUACCUGUUUCCUCCAGCAUCUUCACAAGGUCCUUUGCUGUUGCUCUGGGAUUGAUUUGCACUUUUCGCACCUAAGUACGUUAAUCUCUAGGAGACAGAACGCGUCUCCUUCCAGAGCGGUAUGACGGCUGCGUGGUCCCAUGGUGUUUAUACUUGCGUACUAUUGUUUGUACAGAUGAACGUGGUACCUUCAGGCUUUUGGAAAUUGUUCCGAAGGAUGAACCAGACUUGCGUAGGUCUACAAUUUUUUUUCUGAGGUCUUGGAUGAUUUCUUUUCAUUUUCCCAUGAUGUCAAGCGAAGUGGCACUGAGCUUGAAGGUAGGCCUUGAAAUACAUCCACAGGUACACCUCCAAUCAACUCAAAUGAUGUCAAUUAGCCUAUCAGAAGCUUCUAAAGCCAUGACAUCAUUUUCUGGAAUUUUCCAAGCUGUUUAAAGGCAGAGUCAACUUACUGUAUGUAAGCUUCUGACCCACCGGAAUUGUGAUACAGUGAAUUAUAAGUGAAAUAAUCUGUCUGUAAACAAUUGUUGGAAAAAUUACUUGUGUCAUGCACAAAGUAGAUGUCCUAACCGACUUGUCAAAACUAUAGUUUGUUAACCAGAAAUGUGUGGAGUGGUUGAAAAAUGAGUUUUAAUUACUCCAACCUAAGUGUAUGUAAACUUCCGACUUCAACUGUAUAUAGCCUCCUUAUUGUUAUUUUACUGAUGCUCUUUAUUUAUUUGUUACUUUUAUUUCUUCUUAUUUUUAUUUUUUUGGGGGGGGUUGGUAUUCUUUCUUAAAAAUGCAUUGUUGGUUAAGGGCUUGUAAGUAAGCAUUUCAUUGUAAGGUCUACACCUGUUGUAUUCGGCGCAUGUGACAAAUAAACAAUUAUUUAAUUUUUUUUGCGUAGUUUUGAUGUCUUCACUAUUUUUCUACAAUAUAGAAAAUAGUAAAAAUAAAGAAAAACCCUUGAAUGAGUAGGUGUGUCCACACUUUUGACUGGUACUCUAUAUUUCCUUUGUCUCUAAAACUUUUAUUUGAAACUGACUGACUAGGUUUCAUCACCUUGCUAUCAUCAAUCAGAAUCCAGUCAGUCAGUUGUUGUUUGUGGACUUGUUGUUGCCAAUACAAAUUCAGUGAUUUAUUUUCCUUCCCUUGAAGAUGAAAGAUCCCAUGGUGCAGAUAUCCUUGGACAACUACAACACAAUUUUCAUGGUGACACCUUCGGGGAUUACUCGCUUCCUGACACUGCUGAAGCCUGUGGACCGUGAAGAGCAAGACAGCUAUACGUUCACGGUAAGGCUAGCUCUAGCUAACACUACUCUCUGUCUCUCUCUCUCUCGCUCUCUCACUCUCUCGCUCUCUUCCUCUUCUUCUCCCCCCACAAUUAAGUUAGCACCUGUCAAACAACACAGCACAUCGUAAACUGGAAUUCAGUCACUUGUCCCUUAAUGCCCAUAUACAGUAUUUUUGUAGCAAGCUCAUGAACACUGCUAGAAUGGCAAUAGGUAUAUCAGUACAGUACUAUUACAUAUACACUAUUACAGUACAUCAGCAAGAUACUUAUUUCCUUGCUCCUUGAAAUUCAUAGCUGGGAUUUUUACCCCACAGUAACUAGUUUGCCAAUGCUCCUGACAUUUCUGGACAAUUUCUUCAUUUUUUACAAGACAGUCCUAUCCUUUGUAAAAUGUAUUCCACAUUGUAUUCUCAGCUAACAUAAUGCAGGGUUAUUUUUGUUUUUAUCUGGUAAUGAUGGAGUGCAUUACACUGUCUUUCCCAAGCUUUAUGACCAUUGGGAUAGAACAAUGGUGUUUGUCUUCAAAUAAUAUUCCUCUAUUGUUGCUCACACGAAAGUCUCCCGCUUCCCUCUGCCCAGACAACCAGUUGGCAAAGGGCCUGUAUUUGAUGUAGUGUGUGUGUGUGUGUGUGUGUGUGUGUGUCUGUGUCUGUGUCUGUGUGUCUGAGUGUUUUUGUGUAGGCCUACAUACUGCAAUAUGUAAGUAAAAAGUGAAGAAAAAAUAAUCAUAAUAUUGAAAGCAAUCAGUGUAAAAGCACUCAUUGAAAAAUGUUAUUGUGCUAAAAGAUAAAUUGUGAAUAAUUAAUGUAAUGUGAUGCAGUAGCCUCUCUCAUUAAGUAUUUGUGCAAUCCCCUGAGCCAGCACCUACAAAGUGUCAAUAAUGAAACCAGUACUCACCAACUACUGAGCUUUCAUGCAAGAGUAAUACUCUCUGCUGCUGGCUUGUGCACUUGUUACCGCUGCUGGCUUGUGCACUUGUUACCAGCUGUAAGACCAUGAUAAAGCACAGCACAGAACAGCAGAGCACAGUCCAGCACAGCAAAGUUCAGCACAGCACAGUUAAGCACAGCAUAGCACAGCUCAGAACAGCGUAGUUCAGCACAGUAUAGUUCACUGCAAAACACAGAACAGCACAGUACAGCAGAGUUCAGCACAGCAUAGCACAGCUCAGAACAGCACAGCACAGCAACACACAGGAAAGCACAGCACAGCAUAGUUCAGCACAGGCCAGCACAGGUCAGCACAGCACAGCACACUUCUAACCUCAGUACUGUUCCUCCGUAUGUUUGAUAAUGUAUUCUUCACUCAGCUCAAACUGGCACUGGGUUGUUUGCUGUUCCCUCUGGAUCGGAUAUAGCUGUUUAUUUGAAGAAAUUUCAGCUAACAGCUGUAUCAUUCAGCCUGAGAGCCGUAGUCUUGUCAGGCUUUGAAAUUGUCAAGUGCCAGGUAAUCUGAACAAUAAUUGGAAUUUGUCCUAAAAACUUUGGAGGUUUUGGAGUUCCAUUUAUCCUGCUCACCUUACCACUCUGUUUUUAGAAUUGAGAGACCUUAUUUUUCAACAAUCGGAUAAAAUCCAAAUCAAAUCAAAUUGUAUUUGUCACAUGUGCCGAAUACAACAGGUGGAGACUUUACCAUGAAAUGCUUGCUUACAAGCCCUUAACCAACAAUGCAGUUUGAAGAAAAUUAAGAAAAGAUUUAGUAAAUAAACUAAAGUAAAAAUACAUAUAAAUAAUAAUAAUAAUAAUAAAAAAUAAUGAGGCUAUAUACAGGGGGUACUGGUACCGAGUCUAUGUGUGGGGGUGCAGGUUAGUCGAGGUAAUUUGUAGGUAGGGGUAUAGUGACUAUGCAUAGAUAAUAAACAGUGAGUAGCAGCAGUGUAAAAACAAAGGGGGGAGGGUGUCAAUGCAAAUAGUCUGGGUGGCCAUUUGAUUAAUUGUUGAGCAGUCUAAUGGCUUGGGGGUAGAAGCUGUUAAGGAGCCUUUUGGACCUAGACUUGGUGCUCCGGUAUCGCUUGCUGUGUGGUAGCAGAGAGAACAGUCUAUGACUUGGGUGACUGGAGUCUUUGACAAUUUCUUGGGCCUUCCUCUGACACCACCUAGUAUAUAGGUCCUGGAUGGCAGGAAGCUUGGCCAAAGUGAUAUACUGGGCUGUACGCCCUACCCUCUGUAGCGCCUUACGGUCAGAUGCCGAGCAGUUGCCAUACCAGGCGGUGAUGCAACCGGUCAGGAUGCUCUCGAUGGUGCAGUUGUAUAUCUUUUUGAGGAUCUGGGGACCCAUGCCAAAUCUUUUAAUUCUCCUGAGGGGGAAAAGUCGUUGUCGUGCCCUCUUCUCGACUUUCUUGGUGUAUUUGGACCAUGAUAGUUUGUUGGUGAGGAUCAGCAUGGCAGAUGUGUUGGUGCCUACCCUUAACACCUGAUGGUGUUGGAGUCGUGCCUGGCCAUGAAGUCAUGAGUGAACAGGGAGUACAGGAGGGAACUGAGCACGCACCCCUGAGGGGCCCCCGUGUUGAGGAUCAGCGUGGCGGAUGUGUUGUUACCUACCCUUACCACCUGGGCGUGGCCUGUCAGGAAGUCCAGGAUCCAGUUGCAGAGGGAGGUGUUUUGUCCCAGGGUCCUUAGCUUAGUGAUGAGCUUUGUGGGCACUAUGGCGUUGAACGCUGAGCUGUAGUCAAUGAACAGCAUUCUCACAUAGGUGUUCCUUUUGUCCAGGUGGGAAAGGGCAGUGUGGAGUGCGAUUGAGAUUGCGUCAUCUGUGGAUCUGUUGGGGUGGUAUGCAAAUUGGAGUGGGUCUAGGGUUUCCGGGAUGAUGGUGUUGAUGUGAGCCAUGACCAGCCUUUCAAAGCACUUCAUGGCUACCGACGUGAGUGUUAUGGGGCGGUAGUCAUUUAGGCAGGUUACCUUCGCUUUCUUGGGCACAUGGACUAUGCUGGUCUACUUGAAACAUGUAGGUAUUACAGACUCGGUCAGGGAGAGGUUGAAAAUGUCAGUGAAGACACUUGCCAGUUGGUCCGCGCAUGCUCUGAGUACACAUCCUGGUAACCCUUUUGGCUUUCUGAAUGUUGACCUGUUUAAAGAUCUUGCUAACAUCGGCUAUGGAGAGCUUGAUCACACAGUCGUCCGGAACAGCUGAUGCUCUCAUGCAUGCUUCAGUUUCUUGCCUCGAAGCGAGCAUAAAAGGCAUUUAGCACGUCUGGUAGGCUCGCGUCACUGGGCAGCUCGCGGCUGGGUUUCCCUUUGUAGUCCGUAAUAGUUUGCAAGCCCUGCCACAGCCGACGAGCAUCAGAGCCGGUGUAGUAGGAUUCAAUCUUACUCCUGUAUUGGUACUUUACCUGUUUGAUGGUUCGUCUGAGGGCAUAGCGGGAUUUCUUAUAAGCGUCCGGAUUAGUGUCCCGCUGCUUGAAAGCGGCAGCUCUAGCCUUUAGCUCGGUGCGGAUGUUGCCUGUAAUCCAUGGCUUCUGGUUGGGACAUGUACGUACGGUCACUGUUGGGACGACGUCGUCGAUGGACUUAUUGAUGAAGCCAGUGACUGAUGUGGUAUACUCCUCAAUGCUAUUGGAUGAACCUCAGAACAUAUUCGAGUCCUGUUGCUUAGCAUCCGUGUCAUCUGACCACUCCCGUAUUGAGUGAGUCACUGUUACUUCCUGCUUUAGUUUUUGCUUGUAAGCAGGAAUCAGGAGGAUAGAAUUAUGGUCAGAUAUGGUCAGGCGAGGGAGAGCUUUGUACGCGUCUCUGUGUGUGGAGUAAAGGUGGUCUAGAGUUCUUUUCCCUCUGGUUGCACAUGUGACAUGCUGGUAGAAAUUAUGUAAAACUGAUUUAAGUUUGCCUGCAUUAAUGUCCCCGGCCACUAGGAGCGCGGCUUUUGGAUGAGUAUUUUCUUGUUUGCUUUUGGCCUUAAACAACUCAUUGAGUGCGGUCUUAGUGCAAGCGUCGGUUUGUGGUGGUAAAUAGACGGCUACGAAAAAUAUAGAUGAAAACUCUCUUGUUAGAUAGUGUGGUCUACAGCUUAUCAUGAGGUACUGUACCUCAGGUGAGCAAUACCUCGAGACUACCAUAAUAUUAGACAUCGCACACCAGUUGUUAUUGACAAAUAGACACACAGCCCUACCCCUCGUCUUACCGGACGUCGCUGUUCUGUCCUGCCGAUGCACAGAAAAGCCAGCCAACUGUAUAUUAUCAGUGUCGUCGUUCAGCCACGACUCUGUGAAACAUAGAUAGUACAGUUUUUAUUGUCCCGUUGGUAGGAUAGUCCCGAACAGAGCUCAUCCAGUUUAUUCUCCAGUGAUUGCACGUUGGCCAAUAUAAUGGAUUGUAGAGGCUGGUUAUCCACUCGACGAUGAAUUCUCACAAGGCAGCCUAAUCUCCGCCCCCUGUAUUUCCUUAUUUUCUUAAUGCGAAUUACAGGGAUUUGGGCCUUGUCUGGGAGCAACAUUAUAUCCUUCGCGUCAGACUCGUUAAAGAAAAAAUCUUCUUCCAGUUCGAGGUGAGUAAUCGCUGUUCUGAUAUCCAGAAGCUCUUUUCGGUCAUAAGAGACGGUAGCAUCAACAUUAUAUACAAAAUAAGUACGAAAAAAUACACAAAAUAGCACAAUCAGUUAGGAGCCGUAAAACGGCAGCCAUCCCCGCCAUUCUUUUUGAUAAGGCAAUGUCUUAUCUAUUGACUGUGCCUGUCUGGCUGUAUGCUAAUACUAUUUUCUCUAUAUAUUGAGGUUUGUGUGUCUGUUUGUAAUUCAAGAGUAGGUUCAACUCAGUUUUCCAAAAAAAACAUCAGAAUGUGAAAAAAUAGUGCGAAGAUGAUCCAGAAGACUGAAUGCAAAUGUUGGUGUACUGCUCCCUACAGCCCUAAUUCUGGGGGACGUGGAUUUAGCAUUCUGUUAGCAUUUCGAUCACUCAGAGUUGGCCUUGUCCUGGCAGUCACAGAAUGAUUAAAACACUGAGACCAAGCACGCUUGUCUGGGAAGGCUUCUGAGAGUCAGUCCAACCCAUGCUGAUACUACGCUGAGUUAAAUUAUGGAUCCGUCUCACAUACGAAUGCUACCCAGUCAGUCAGCGCCUCAAUAUGUGUUUCCCCUCUCCAUCAUUACCAUGAAGAUAUCCAUGUGGAUGUGUUUCGAUGUGUUUUCAUUCCAAUACAUAUUCAGUCAGGGUAUGUUUACUUGAGUUUAUUCAAAUGGAAAAUGGCACUGAAUCUGUUAUGCCACCCACCCUGCAAGACACCCUUCCUGCCAGUCAAAUACAACGACAGCUACAACAACCACUACCCACCUAAUGAUGGCUUAAUGCUUAAAAUAAUCAUUUUGCCUCUGUCUUGCCUAGAGGAUUUGUGCUGUUAUGUUGUUGGGAGCUGGUAGAGGUUUUUAUAAUGCUAGCUUGUCUCAGACUAAAACCAAACAAAAGACUCUGUCUGACUGGUGCAGGUUGCCUCAUAAUGUCAAGGGUAGAGUAUUGCACCGGAAACUCAGAGGGGAAAACAACACUUUGACGUUUUCUCUCCCCACCACUACAUCCUGCUGGAACAGUGGAGGAGCCCGCAGCGCUAUCCUGUCAAGACUUUGAAGUGUGGUGUUGCUAAGCACAAUAGACAUUAAGAAAUACUAAAGGGAUGUCUUUCGAUUCCGGUUUUCGCUAGCACUUACCACUGUGUUUACCGGUGUUCUUUUUUUAGCUGCUUCUGUCUUUGUUUUUCAGGGAAGAUCACAAUGGUGGCAAAAUAAGUAGCUUUAAUUCGAAAAGUUAAUGGGGAGAGCUUUGAACAUCCCAGUGGGAUAGAUGGUGUUUUAUCUCCUGCUCAACUGAGGAUCAUUGUGCUUUUCUCGCUGUUUGACGCUUGUAGCAUGUUCUUUAUUUUUUAAGCCUAUGUUAGUCUUGUUUAAUCCAUGUGAGCGGUUGUGUUCUAUGUGGAAGUUCACAGUCAGAUACAGCUUCUCUCUCUCUCUCACACACACACACACGCACACACACACACACACACACACACACACACACACACAAAUUAGUGAAGCUUAAGAGUAUUAAUUAGCAAUGCCACAUUAAAGGGACUGUUCACUUUAGCUAAUGAAAAAAACAACAUUGGUAUGCCAAUCAUGAUUGGAGUUGUAAGAGCAUUGUAGUCUUUAUUACUGUAAGUUGUUUUUAAGCCAAUAGGCCCUGUUUAGUCAGUGGGAUGAAUUAAUAUCUCUAAAGCCUGUGUAAGCCACUUUUAAUAAGGAUAUUGCUCUCAAUCUUGCAUUUCUUUACCAUUGGUCACCAUCCUUAUCUUCCUUUUCUCUCCUGUAACUGUGACUCUCAGGGUCUAUCCCGUUGUUUGUGACUUGACAGAACAUGUCAUGGGUUAUAUAGUUUGUGGAAUUCUCUACUGUAUACAUGUACAGUAUGUCAUGAAUUAGCAUUGUUUGAACAUUUCAUAGAUAUUCUCAACAGGCUGUUCAAAAGUUCAUUCCUCAAUGGUUUCUCUGAAGGUGUUUGAUAAUUUAUCUCACUCUUUCUCUCUCUCUCUCUCUCUCUCUCUCUCUCUCUCUCUCUCUCUCUCUCUCUCUCUCUCUCUCUCUCUCUCUCUCUCUCUCUCUCUUUCUCCCCUUUUCUUUCCUUCCCUUUCUCUCUCUGUCUCUCUCUCUCUCCCUCCUGCCCCCCUCUCUCUUCUCUAUAGAUGGUGGCUUCAGACGGAGUUCAGGAGAGCCCUACAGUGACUGUUCAUAUCACUGUGAUUGAUGCCAAUGACAACACACCAACCUUCCCCAACGCCUCAUACAGUGUUAAUGUUUACACAGACAUUCAGCCUGGGGAAACUGUAUUACAGGUAAUCAAUAUGCUAUAUUCACUUGCUGUUUUCCCAAACAAUCCACCCACUUAGAGUAAUAGCAUUAGUAAACCUAUUUUAUAAAUUAAUUAUAGCUGGAAUAAUUGUGGCAGCAGACUGUUUGGCUUAGCUCUAAGCAGGCUGCUGCCAUAGGCUGUUCCCCUCUGUGCCCAGGGACGAUUGUGGGUAAUUUGUUAUAACUCCUGUUUCGCAGUCUGAGCAUGAACCCAGUUCAGUCAGUCGCUCUGAUACUCGCAGGAAACAAAAGACUGACGGAAAAGGUCAAGUCUAGGCAGUUAAAUCUUUCCAAUCAGAAGACUUCCUCUCAUAGCAAGCCAGGUUAGGCUGGUUAGGCUUCAGAAACAUGCAUUGAUAAGGACAGUUAUGAGUUAACUCUUUGUCUGUUGAAUGACUUAAUGAGGGGUUUGUGACUGAAUCAUUGUCUAGUUGUACUCCUGAGUGGCACAGUGGUCUAAGGCACUGCAUCGCAGUGCUAACUGUGCCACUAAAGAUCCUGGUUUGAAUCCAGGCUCUGUCGCAGCCGGCCGCGACCGGGAGACUCAUGGGCGGCGCACAAUUGGCCCAGUGUCGUCCAGGGUAGGGGAGGGAAUGGCCGGCAGGGAUGUAGCUCAGUUGAUAGAGCAUGGCGUUUGCAAUGCCAGGGUUGUGGGUUUGAUUCCCACGGGGGGCAAGUAUUAAAAAAUAAAUAUGUAUUCACUAACUGUAAGUCGCUCUGGAUAAGAGCGUCUGCUAAAUGACAAAAAUGUAAUUAGUUAGAGCCAUCUUUGAGUUACAGUGUGUAAAGUCUUAGAAUGACAAAUGGGGGAUGACAUAUGUAGUCAUGCUCUUGUUUAGUCACAUACUGUAGCUUUCUGCUCCUUUUAAACACAUUCAUGUUUUGAGAUUUCUAUUCAUGUGUGGCCACUUUUUUACACAUCGCAGUGCGUUGAAUAUGAAGUGCUGUAUGUUAUACUGAGACUAUGCUAAUGUUAAAAGGUAUUUCUGUGUUUGAAGUUGGUAGCAGUUUCUACUUUCUUAUUUCAAAUUCACUGACUGAUUUUGCUAUGAAUUUUUUAUACGCCCCCAACACAAGACAUUUAAUUACGCAUUUGAUACAGUAUAUUUAAAAAUAAUAUCAGCGAUGAAUCAAACAUUUGCAUGUUCCUUGAAAUGUGGGGAAAAUAUUGGUUUAGAUUGCCUUCCCCUACAGGUGUCCCUAGGCCUAGGACACCUGCGGACACUGCCGAUGGAGACUUGAAUGAAAAAAUGAUGUGGCUCCUCUCCUGUAUCCCUUUCAGCUGACAGCCCUGGAUGCUGACGAGGGUCCCAACGGGCUGGUGACUUACAAGAUCCUAGCGGGGAAUCAAGGCCACUUCGUCAUCAAUAACCGCUCGGGAGUGAUCACUGUGAUGCCUGGCGUCUCCCUGGCAGUGGGACGCUCCUAUGCCCUGACCGUGAAGGCCAUGGAUAACGGCCUGGAGUCCCAGAGGAGGUGAGGCUAUUAGGGAGCCCUGGGGGGGCCCGAAGGAUGGGUGGCUAGAGGGGAGGAUGGGGAGGGCUGGGGGGUGGGGAAAGCCGAGCAGGGGGGCGGAGAGGCAGAGUAGGGUGGUGGAGGUUGGAAACUGGCAGGGACAGUAAAGGCAGAGAGCCGCAGAGGGCCAGUCACUUUCCAUUCUGUCUGCAGCAGCCACAGACUCACUCCCUCGCUGACGUUCUCCCUCUUUCCCUCUCUCUCUCUGUCACCCCCCCCCCCUCUCCUUCUUUAUGUCUCUCUCUCUCUGCCCCUCUCUCUCUUAAAUCAAUAGUGUUCUGCAGGAUAACACAUUCUGCUCUGGAAAUAUCCCUGUCACAAUGUGCUGAUAGAUAUUACUCGCAGGACUGACCCAUCUGGUACCCAAAGCGGAAAUGAGAGGCUUUUCACAAUAAUUGGCAAUGCCCAUCCUCCAACUCAAUUCAAUCUGUGUCGCCUUUGUGCCUUAUGUAAUGCUUGGUGGCCACAGAAUCAAUAUAGCUCAAUAGACUAACAUAGAAAGAGAUUUUGUGCAGGAAAUGUAGUGAAUUGGGAACUGACUGGUGGCUGAGUUCUAUAGGAAAAACAUUAGGGCACCCACUGGGGGGUUUCUGUGGCCUCAGUUCACUGGGGGAUUUCUGUGGCAGCCGUUCUCGGAAUUUCGUCUUUCCCGAAACACGGCCAGGUAAAAGUUUAGUCGCACAAAGAACCUUGAAAGCCUUUGUUUUGAGAAGUCAAGGACUGAGACACAAUAUAAAACUGUGAUGAUUAUUAGGAGUGUGAAUACGUUUCCAAUGACUGGGAACCACGUAAAAGUCUGGAGCGCCAUCUUGUCGAGCAGGAAAAUAAAUACUGAUAAUAGCAAAGGCAGCAGGUGUGUAAUUAUUUGCAUUGGCCAGAUGGAGCCCCACCCAUGGACGGUUGAAAACCCAGAGAAAAAAAUAGAAAAAUGUAACUGCUCAGUUUCAAAGUUUUAGCAGAGGGAGAGUUGGCCUUGACUUGGAUUUACAGGGCUCCGUUUGUAGCAUGUCCAGGAUCACAACAUGCUGCUGAUCCAUUAAAACCAUUUGAUUAAUGUUUUACAGGUUUUAAUUCAUGCCCCUGUGUGAAAAAGUAUUGAAAUAACAGUCUUAAAAAGUCCCCCAUAUGUCUCUCUAAAAUCGACUUGUAAAAUUGGCUGUAAUCAUUCAAUUAUUUUUAUGUUCAGGCCCGACGCAGACACUUGGGGCUUAAUGUUCUGUACACAAAUGUGAUUUAAAUGAGCAAGGAGUCUCUAGUGAAGUCCCUUGUUCAAGGUUAGAGGUUGUUUUAGAAAAUCUAAAAUAAACAAUCUCAAAAGUUUUGAUGUACCAUUGAAUCAAAUCUCUCUAGGCUACAGAUUAUACCACAUAAAUCAUCUCCCAGUAUCUAAAACAAAUGUAAAGAUGAAAUCCGUCAAGGCCUUUGUUAUUGUUUUUGUUGAUGAAACAGAGGAGAAGAGCAUCCAGCAUCAUGGUAAAACAAACUAGCAGUACAUAUUCUGCUGUUCUAUCGCGCGUGCAAUGAUGUCCGAGUGAAAAAACAGUGCAAAGUAAUUUCUUUGCUGUUGUAAUAUCGCAAACAGACGUGGCAGUUUCACCAACUAUGGAUUUCAGCCUACGUACGGUACCAACCAGCUUUUUUUAAUGUAUAUUUUAUUUCGUGAUUACAAUCUUGUCUCAACCCCAACGGGCUCAGGAGAGGCAAAGGUUGAGUCAUGCGUCCUCCGAAACAUGACAGGCCAAACCGCACGUCUUAACACCCACUCGCUUAACCCGGAACCAGCUGUGUCGGAGGAAACACUGUUCAACUGACGACCGAAGUCAGCCUGCAGGCACCCGGCCCGCCACAAGGAGUCACUAGAGCGCGAUGAGCCAAGUAAAACCCCCCCGGCCAAACCCUCCCCUAAUCCGGACGAUGCUUGGCCAAUUGUGCGCCGCCCUAUGGGACUCCCGGUCAUGGCCAGUAAUGACACAGCCUGGGAUCGAACCCCAGGCUGUAGUGAUGCCGCAACACUGCGAUGCAAUGCCUUAGACCGCUGUGCCACUCGGGAGGCACCAACCAGCGUUUUAAUCUAAAGUCGUAUAGAUUUUCUUGCAAAACACACCCACCAAACCCAAAACAAACACCUACAACCAAUAUCUUUGCAUGUGUGUGUACCCUACAUCCCACACACCAAUUGUCAUACUGUAAACAAAACCCUCCCACAGUCUCUGUUUUUCAGAAGUGAAGCUCUUGGAGGACAGUUAAAUUUGAUAAAAGUGAUUUUCAGCCCUCAGCCUUCAUCAGGGUUUUUCACAUGGAUUCGUUUUUCACCAGAAUUAAAAUACACCCCAUCCCCCUUCCUUAUCUCCCCUCCCAGGAGCUCCAUCACCACGGUGUACAUUGAGGUGCUCCCCCCCAACAACCAGAGCCCCCCACGCUUUCCCCGCUUCCUCUACAGCCUGGAGGUCAGUGAGGCCAUGAGGACCGGAGCCACUCUCCUCCACCUGCAGGUGAGCCUGGGGACAAGGCUUCUUCACAAUACCACACUGUUCUUUAGUACAGACCAAGCAUGUACUCUGAACUCUAUCUAGAGUGUGACAUUUGGUGGCAGCGGUGGGAUCUGCUUCAGAACAUGUAGUGUAUACAGCUGAUGAGCUCCUAACAAUAGCUCCUAUUUAGUCUGUACCAAAAGCGACUGAGACAGUUACCAGUGUUACUGUAUAUUCUGUAUACCACUCAGACUGUAGACGUCAUUACUGUAUUGUUGUCCACUAAUGCUACCAAACUAUUGUUUGUAAUGCAUCAAGUAGAAAUGGACUGGAUACUGCUGAGUCAAGUCAUUCAGUAUUAUUCAUUGUUUGUUGUGAAAUUGGGUUUGAAUUGACAUGAAAGAGGCUCUCUGUCUCUGUGUCUUUACAGGCGAAGGACCGUGAAAGAGAUCCUAUUUCCUACAGCAUCCAGAGCGGAGAUCCCCACCAUCUCUUUGAGCUCUCCCAAACGUACGUAAGCUUAUUUUAGUCAUCAACAACACUACCUAUAUUAUCGUAGAGGAUUUAUCCAUGAAACUUUGCCAGCAAUAGUAUUACCCUGUUACAGAGGAGUCGAUUUGGCGAAAGGGUUUUGGAUAGUGUUUUGCCAUGAUAUGUGAUAUGUAGUAAACUGAAUUGCUCUCUCAGAAGCUCUCCGCAAGACACCAGGGGCUGAAAAUGUAGAUACGAUUCUCCCUAGCAUCUCAAAUACAUCAUUAAUAAGUGAUAAAUGAAUUAAAACCAAAACAAUUCUCUCCCAGUUUGAUAAACAGAUCAAAUAUCAGAUUAUACAGUAGUAGUCCCAAGGUUACUCUGAGCUUCACUUUUGGUAUUGGCGGGAAAAAUAUUAGUGCCUUGGCUUGGAGUAAAUAUUUCCUCUUACAAUUUCAUAGAUUUAAUCCAAGUCUGCAAUAAGAUUUGCUGUGAUUUUUUUAGAGAGCACUAUUGUAUGGUUAGCGGCAAAGCAAGCCUUCUCCCUGAGACUUUGGAGUAGAGCUAUUAGAUGUCUUCUCAGGUCCAGAAAGUUGGACCCGGACUCGAACGGACCCGAGGACAAUCAGACAUGGCCCUGAAUGGACCCGAUAAUUGUAUUUAAAAAAUGGGGACCCGGACCCGAGAACAAUCAGACCCGAACCCGAAUGGACCCGACUACAACCGAACCUGGACCCGACCCAUACCCAAACCCGAUUGUACAAAAAAAAUAUGUUUUUUAAAAUGUUUUGUCAUUUAGCAGACGCUCUUAUCCAGAGCGACUUACAGGCGCAAUUAGGGUUAAGUGCCUUGCUCAAGGGCACAUCGACAGAGUUUUUUACCUAGUCGGCUCUGAGAUUUGAACCAGCGGCCUUUCGGUUACUGGCCCAAUGCUCUUAACCGCUAGGCUACCUAGCGAGUUGCUCUUUUGGUUAACAAAUAUGUCUUUAUAUGUUGGCUAGACCUUCUAUAAGUCAAUAAAUGUUCCUUAUUAGCAUAAAAUAAAUAUGCUAUAGGCUAUGCAGAGCCGUGGUUGGGUCCAUUCGGAUCCACUCGGGUCUAUCAGCUCUAGUUACAUAGACCCGUGACCUGAUAGCAAACAGGACACGACCCGGACCUGAGGGGCAAGUUAGAAUUUUUGACCCGAACCCACUUGGGUCUUGUCUCGGGUAUUCGGGUUUGGUUGGACCCGUGAAGACCUCUAAGAGCUAUCCAUGUGCUCUCUCUCUUUUCUCUGCUCUCUCUCUCUCUCUCUCUCUCUCUCUCUCUCUCUCUCUCUCUCUCUCUCUCUCUCUCUCUCUCUCUCUCUCUCUCUCUCUGUUUUUCUCUGCAAUAACCAGCACAUUGCCAUGCAGUCAUAACUAUGCUACCGGAGGCCACUUCAAUCAAAGCUCCAAAUUGUCAUCAUGCGUCUCCUGUUGCAGACUGUCAGGUCCAGGAAAUUGCAUACACAACUAUGAAAUGUUAAUAAGACCUGCGCCUGUCUCUGUCUCCUCAAUAAAGAGGCAAAUGAAAACAGUAGGGGACAAGACUGGGGAAGUAAGGAGGGGAAUGUGCCAAGGUGAUACAGGGGGAUACAGUCUAAUGGAUAGGAAAGGCCCUAGCUCCUCAGUCCUAGAGCAGAUGAGCUAAAAUGUAUCCCCUUAUAUAGCCCCUAUUAAUGGAUACAUCCCGAUAGAUUCACGUGCCUAUCAUAACCCAUUUUAUCCCCAUUGUCAUACUACUGAGCCAGUUCUUGCAUAUUUAUCAGUUUCAUUCGAAGAAAGCUAUUUUUAUCCUACUGGUAUAAUGAAGGAGUUGAUUAUUUACAAGACAGUUUUACAAGUUACCCAUUCGAUUGCUUUGUAUUAGAUCUAAAACUUCAGAAUGUCAAGACUUUAAGUCAGCUGUAGAGGUGGUUGAGAUCAGAGACCUGCACCUCAUCGCCAGUUUAGCGCCAACAACGGGUAGGCCUUACAGAUCACAAUCUGUUGAAUAACCUCUGCUCUGUGUUGCCUCUUAGUGGGCCUCAGAUGAUAUCUUCUUUAAUACUCUCUUAGUUAUUCAGCACUUCAAAACAACAUCCUUGUGAAUGAUGUUCUCUCACAGGCUGGAUCUGAUCCAGUUUGUGUUUCCAGCUGCUAAUAAUCAUGAUAUUUCAUUUCAGCUUGGCGUUAUCAUCAUCCUUGGGAGGAUGAUUGUGUGUGUGUGUGCGGGCGUGAGUGCGCGUAGAGACAAUGCUCUCUAUGAAGAGCUCAUAAAUAUACAUGAGAGUCGUGGCGGCAGCAUUUGAGGUGCCGCUUUGCAUUUGUCUAAUUAAUUUUAACAGGGGCAUAUCAGUCCACUAUGGUCCUCACAGAGCUCUUAUCCCUCUUAGGAUGUGUGUACCAGGCCUCUUAGAAAAGUCUGAUUAUGAACAGUUAGAAAUGCUGCAUUAAAAAACUUCUAAUUUCUGAUGAAUGCGUGUCUAAAUGAUUGCUAGUGAGUAACCAUCAGAAAAGUUGAGGGAAAAUCGAGAUGCGUGGUUGUAGACGUGUUUCCUUAGGUGGCUGUACAUUCCCCUCUAGUUUGGGCCCAUCUCUGAGAGCUGUAGCAGACAGAAAGAAAGGUGCUAUCUAGAACCUAAAAUGGUUAUUCGGCUGUCCCAAUAGGAGAACCCUUUUUUGUUAUAGGUAGAACCCUUUUGGAUUCCAGGUAGAACCCUUUUCACAGAGGGUUCUACGUGGAACCCAAAAGGGCUCUUCCUGGAACCAAAAAUGGUUCUACCUGGAACCAAAAAGCGUUCUACUAUGGGGACAGCUGAAUAACCCUUUUCUAACCCAUUUUUUCUAAGAGUGUAGAGCUGACAGCAGAUAAUCAUCCCAUGCAUUUAAACACUCAGGGAUCACUCUGUGAGAGGGCGGACACCACUGCUGUAUGCAUGCCAAGAUUACCCCACACCAAAUGACCUUGCACUGUAAAUUCUAUAAAGUACGUGUGUGUGCUAGGCUACAGUAGCUUGCCAAAGUGCCGACAUAUAACUCUCCUCUGUCGGCAGAACGAGAGAAGGCGCUUCCAUUUCAUUCUAAUGUGCUUGGGUGGCCACAUGCCCCACAGUAUCCGACGUGCAUGUAAUUGAAUAGCCAGAUUUAUGUAAACCCCCAUUAUAAAUGUUGUGGGGGAUUGUUUAUCUCUACGUGAGAUCUGUUUGAUUUAGAAACCCUGAAAGCUUCUGGCUCAGUGGGAAGCAGAGUGAUUGGGAAAGUUUCACUAAAGCUGCAAAUGGACUGUAUUGAGUGAUGUGAGUAUGUUGUGUUCUGGUGAACCACCGUGUCUCUGUCUCUUCUCCACAGGUCAGGGCUGUUGGUCCUGGGGAAACCGCUGGACAGGGAGACAGAGGAUCGCUACACUCUCGUUGUAACAGCCUCAGAUGGCCAUCCAGAAGGAGUAAGCAUGCGCCAAUUGUCCUUCUAUCCAUCAUCCAUUCCAUUAAUCUAAUCUCCUUCAUAAAUUCUUUCAUUUAUCCAUUCAUUUGUGUGCUGUCUCACCAUCAAUCAAUUUAUUGUGUUCAUUCAUCUAUUCUAUCCAUUCAGUUAAGUCUAUAGCAGGUUGUGUAGCUAGCCCUAUUCACUGUGUUUGAGGUCUGCAGUCCAUUGUUUUGAUGGGAUCCUGGCCAAACUGGAGUAGCAGUGAUUUAUGUACUGUAAAUGAUAAUAACAAGGAACACAUUUUGCAUAUCAGUAACGGGGGUUAUUAGGUGAAAAUCAGGGUUGAUUAAAAUGUGCAGUCUGAUAAUGUAAUAUCAGUAUUUGUCAUCAAUCAUGGACAUCUUUAAAGGUUGUAUCCAGUGUUGAGAAAAUGUGAAUAAUCUCAAAAACCUUUGAUGCAAUCACCUACAUCACUCUAAUGACGGCAAAACCUUUGCCUUGUUGUUGCAUAUCCCCAUGUCCAAAACAUCUCUUUCCAUUUCACACACUUAACAAGGAAGCCAGUGGACAGAUUCAUUUGACAUUAUUCUCUUUGAUGCCAGCGCCGGCAUAUUUAAUGCAGGUGUGACACGUCACCGCGCUGACCUUUAUGGAAAUGAAUACAAAUGUCUCUCUUCUGACACACUCUGAUACCUGAAGCACCUCCCCCUAGAUUUAAUCACUAGCCACCUUAAUUGGCCAAUCGUUUCAGAGCUGGUCUCUCUCUCCUAGUGGAGAGGGGAACUCUCUUCCUCUCCUUAAAAGAGUAGUCCAGUGUGGUUGGUUGUCUCAUGCAAGUAAAAUGAGACAGCGGACAGUGAGUACCAGUAAAACCUAACUCCCCUGUGCUCGCCAGCAUUCGCCUCCCCUCUGUGCCCUCCAAGAUUCCACUUAUUCUAUAAAACAUUGAGCAACGUUUAAACUGCAGCCUGAGCGGGUAGGGUAAAUGCAGAGACUGAGGCCUUUAAAUUUCAUUGACCUUUCCAAAUCAGCUGGUCAUUAGCCAAGCUAAUAAACAGUCCUGUAGGGACUAGGAAAGGCUAUUUGGCUUAGGAGGCACCACACACACACACACACACACACAACAUACGCACACACACAGACGCACGCACACACAUCACUUUACCUGACGCUCCAGAACUGCUUGACCUCCCUUCCUGGUAAUGUUGCCUAUUGGAUGGGGCGUGUGUUUCUCUAGGCCCCAGCAGGUGUGCCAUAGGGGCCUGGAGGGCCCGGGGCCAGACAAUAUUAUCUGACGAGGCCCACAUGAGAGGGAGGGAGACAGACAGUAUCUAUUAUACAGUCAUAUCAGAGGUGUCAGAUAACACUCUGUUAUAGCUGAUAAAUACUGGUUGUACUAUUUGGUCUUAAAGGGGCAAUCAUCAGUUGUUACAUCCAUUUUUGGACAUAAAUUAAUUAUAUGUACCCAUUGAUUCUUGAAGAAUUUGACUUAUACAGCGCCUUGCAAAAGUAUUCAUCCCCCUUGCCGUUUUUCCUAUUUUGUUGCAUUACAACCUGUAAUUUAAAUGGAUUUUUAUUUGGAUUUCAUGUAAUGGACGUGAAUUGUUUCAAAAAAUUCAAAAAAAAAUUAAUAACGGAAAAGUGGUGCGUGCAUAUGUAUUCACCCCCUUUGCUAUGAAGCCCCUAAAUAAGAUCUGGUGCAACCAAUUACCUUCAGAAGUCACAUAAGUAGUUAAAUAAAGUCCACCUGUGUGCAAUCUAAGUGUCACAUGAUCUGUCACAUGAUCUCAGUAUAUAUACACCUGUUCUGAAAGGCCCCAGAGUCUGCAACACCACUAAGCAAGGGGCACCACCAAGCAAGCGGCACCAUGAAGAUCAAGGAGCUCUCCAAACAGCUCAGGGACAAAGUUGUGGCGAAGUACAGAUCAGGGUUGGGUUAUAAAAAAAGAUCAGAAACUUUGAACAUCCCAAGGAGCACCAUUAAAUCCAUUAUUAAAAAAUGGAAAGAAUAUGGCACCACAACAAACCUGCCAAGAGAGGGCCGCCCACCAAAACUCACAGACCAGGCAAGGAGGGCAUUAAUCAGAGAGGCAACAAAGAGACCAAAGAUAACCCUGAAGGAGCUGCAAAGCACCACAGUGGAGAUUGGAGUAUCUGACCAUAGGACCACUUUAAGCCGUACACUCCACAGAGCUGGGCUUUACGGAAGAGUGGCCAGAAAAAAGCCAUUGCUUAAAGAAAAAAAUAAGCAAACACGUUUGGUGUUCGCCAAAAGGCAUGUGGGAGACUCCCCAAACAUAUGGAAGAAGGUACUCUGGUCAGAUGAGACUAAAAUUGAGCUUUUUGGCCAUCAAGGAAAACACUAUGUCUGGCGCAAAACCAACACCUCUCAUCACCCCGAGAACACCAUCCAGUGAAGCAUGGUGGUGGCAGAAUCAUGCUGUGGGGAUGUUUUUCAUCGGCGGGGACUGGGAAACUGGUCAGAAUUGAAGGAAUGAUGGAUGGUGCUAUAUACAGGGAAAUUCUUGAGGGAAACCUGUUUCAAUCUUCCAGAGAUUUGAGACUUGGAUGGAGGUUCACCUUCCAGCAGGACAAUGACCCUAAGCAUACUGCUAAAGCAACACUUGAGUGGUAUAAGGGGAAACAUUUAAAGGUAUUGGAAUGGCCUAGUCAAAGCCCAGACCUCAAUCCAAUUGAGAAUCUGUGGUAUGACUUAAAGAUUGCUGUACACCAGCGGAACCCAUCCAACUUGAAGGAGCUGGAGCAGUUUUGCGUUGAAGAAUGGGCAAAAAUCCCAGUGGCUAGAUGUGCGAAGUUUAUAGAGACAUACCCCAAGAGACUUUCAGCUGUAAUUGCUGCAAAAGGUGGCCCUACAAAGUAUUGACUUUUGGGGGGGGGGGGUGAAUGGUUAUGCACGCUCAAGUUAUUUUGCUCCUUCAAAGUGGUAGGCAUGUGUAAAUCAAAUGAUACAAACCCCCAAAAAAUCCAUUUUAAUUACAGGUUGUAAGGCAACAAAAUAGGAAAAAUGCCAAGGGGGGUGAAUACUUUCGCAAGCCACUGUAAAUGCGUCAUGAGCUUACUUCAACUGUCGUACCCCAUCAAAACCCCAAAUAUAAGCUUUUUUACUCCAAUGUUUAUAAACAAACUAAAUGUAAACAAACACUAUAUAGCCUCAAAACAUGGUUAAGACUAUAAUUUUGAUAUCAUGGAUGGUCAGUCCUUGCAUCCAUAGCUCGGUCUAUGAAUUUGAGAGUGGUCACAUUCUCCAACCCCAUCCCUCAGCAUUUUUCUAAACGGGGGCGGGGAGUAUGCUUUGUUAUUGUUUCUACUGCUGAUUACCACUUUAAAGAGACACUGCAGUUUUGGUCCUAAACAAAGCAUGAGUGUUUACCUUUUCCAUAGUGCACAUGCUGUGCACCAUUGUUUUCAUGUCAAAGCAAUAGUGCUGAAUGUCAAAUGUAUUUGUUCAAUUCACUCAUUACCUCCUCGCUCCAAGUAGAUAUUUCAAGCAGUGCAUAGAUGUUUUGCAUCAUGAAGUUACACAUCAUGAAGAAUCGCAGCUCCUUUCAAAUGCUCUUUCUGACAUUACAAAACAGCAGAAAAUAACACACAUCCUCAUUUUUAUUUUAGUUUGGAUUAUUCCUCACUUUUGCAUUCCUCUGGGUGUGUUGUGGUGGGAAGGAAUGUCUUUGAUGUUCUUUCAAAGCUAAUGCAGAGAAGAGAAUGAGGAAGUUAGACAUUAGGAAGGGAUGAUGCAAAGUGAAGGGGCUACCUGCUGUGAGGGCACACCUGCACACUGUUCUCUCCUCCGUUCUCCCUCUCAUGAAGGGAAGCCCUGUGUGUGGGCUAAUGGCGUUUUAGUCAUCCCCGUAGGCUAGUGCUCUAAUGUACGGCCUGAUUUGAGCCACCACUAAGGAAUUAGCUAUAGCUAUAUCUGCCUAACGACCCACAGGUUUCUAAUUUAUUCUGUGCUGUAAUUGGUUGGUUUUCUUUUUGUAUGGUGAGUUGUUGGGCUGUUGGACAAAAUACAGAGAACCUCUGAAUGAUGUAACCAUCUGUCUGGCUCUGACAAUUACUGUAUUAUCUGGUCAUUCAAUGAGAAAUUGUCCUGUUUGGAUGUGUUUUGUUUGAUGGUCCCAAUUUCUUCAUAAAGGAGGAGAUUGGGGGCUUUAGUCUUUGUGAUCAGUCACAGACCUCAUUAAUCAGCAUCAACAUGAUGGCCCAGAGCCUUAUUAAAUGUUCUGCUCUGAUACUGCCAGCCUAAAAACUAGCUAAUUGGAGAAUCCAUCAUAUUUGUGAAAGUGAGUCAGUAAGAACACACCCAGUCAGUCUGUAGCGUCACAGAUCACAGCUUAAACCUUUAAGGGCUGAGAUGUUAGAUGACCAGCAGUGAUCACUAUUCCUUCCUCCCACGGUCUGGUAAUGGUUCAGGAGCACUUUAAGUUGAAGAGAAGUUGGCACGGUGAUGGGUAAUGUACAGAUGAACUUUCCACACUGAAGUAUUGGCUUUUAAAUACCACACCUCUAUAGCCAGCAGGCUUAAAGUGGAAUUGACACCGUUUUAACUACUUUGCAGAAAUUAAACAAACAGACAAUCAUUAUAUUGGUCUAAAAUAUCACAUUUGCAGUUUGUGCUUUAAAUCCAACUUUAUAAGAGGUUUGAAAAAAAGGUUAUAUUUAAGAUCACUUUAUUGUUCAAUUGCACACAAGGUCCAACCGAAAUUUGACUUCUGCUUUUAACCCAACCCCUCCGAAAAAGACACAUACAGUGCCUUUGGAAAGUAUUCAGACCCCUUGACUUUUUCAACAUUUAGUUACGUCACAGCCAUAUUCUAAAUUGGGGUAUACAAUGCAAAUAGUCUGGGUAGCCAUUUGAUUAGCUGUUCAGGAGUCUAAUGGCUUGGGGGUAGAAGCUGUUAAGAAGCCUUUUAGACCUAGACUUGGUGCUCCGGUACCGCUUGCCGUGCGGUAGCAGAGAGAACAGUCUAUGACUAGGGUGGCUGGAGUCUUUGACAAUAAAGUGGGUAAAAAAAGUAUUUAGUCAGCCACCAAUUGUGCAAGUUCUCCCACUUAAAAAGAUGAGAGAGGCCUGUAAUUUUCAUCAUAGGUACACGUCAACUAUGACAGACAAAUUGAGAAACAAAAAUCCAGAAAAUCACAUUGUAGGAUUUUUAAUGAAUUUAUUUGCAAAUUAUGGUGGAAAAUAAGUAUUUUGUCACCUACAAACAAGCAAGAUUUCUGUCUCUCACAGACCUGUAACUUCUUCUUUAGGAGGCUCCUCUGUCCUCCACUCGUUACCUGUAUUAAUGGCACCUGUUUGAACUUGUUAUCAGUAUAAAAGACACCUGUCCACAACCUCAAACAGUCACACUCCAAACUCCACUAUGGCCAAGACCAAAGAGCUGUCAAAUGACACCAGAAACAAAAUUGUAGACCUGCACCAGGCUGGGAAGACUGAAUCUGCAAUAGGUAAGCAGCUUGGUUUGAAGAAAUCAACUGUGGGAGCAAUUAUUAGGAAAUGGAAGACAUACAAGACCACUGAUAAUCUCCCUCGAUCUGGGGCUCCACGCAAGAUCUCACCCCGUGGGGUCAAAAUGAUCACAAGAACGGUGAGCAAAAAUCCCAGAACCACACGGGGGGACCUAGUGAAUGACCUGCAGAGAGCUGGGACCAAAGUAACAAAGCCUACCAUCAGUAACACACUACGCCGCCAGGGACUCAAAUCCUGCAGUGCGAGACGUGUCCCCCUGUUUAAGCCAGUACAUGUCCAGGCCCGUCUGAAGUUUGCUAGAGUGCAUUUGGAUGAUCCAGAAGAGGAUUGGGAGAAUGUCAUAUGGUCAGAUGAAACCAAAAUAGAACUUUUUGGUAAAAACUCAACUCGUCGUGUUUGGAGGACAAAGAAUGCUGAGUUGCAUCCAAAGAACACCAUACCUACUGUGAAGCAUGGGGGUGGAAACAUCAUGCUUUGGGGCUGUUUGUCUGCAAAGGGACCAGGACGACUGAUCCGUGUAAAGGAAAGAGUGAAUGGGGCCAUGUAUCGUGAGAUUUUGAGUGAAAACCUCCUUCCAUCAGCAAGGGCAUUGAAGAUGAAAUGUGGCUGGGUCUUUCAGCAUGAUCCCAAACACACCGUCCGGGCAACGAAGGAGUGGCUUCGUAAGAAGCAUUUCAAGGUCCUGGAGUGGCCUAGCCAGUCUCCAGAUCUCAACCCCAUAGAAAAUCUUUGGAGGGAGUUGAAAGUCCGUGUUGCCCAGCGACAGCCCCAAAACAUCAAUCACUGCUCUAGAGGAGAUCUGCAUGGAGGAAUGGGCCAAAAUACCAGCAACAGUGUGUGAAAACCUUGUGAAGACUUACAGAAAACGUUUGACCUGUGUCAUUGCCAACAAAGGGUAUAUAACAAAGUAUUGAGAAACUUUUGUUAUUGACCAAAUACUUAUUUUCCACCAUAAUUUGCAAAUAAAUUCAUUAAAAUGUGAUUUUCUGGAAAAAAAAUUCUCAUUUUGUCUGUCAUAGUUGACGUGUACCUAUGAUGAAAAUUACAGGCCUCUCUCAUCUUUUUAAGUGAGAGAACUUGCACAAUUGGUGGCUGACUAAAUACUUUUUUCCCCCACUGUAUUUAGGGCCUUCCUCUGACACUGCCUGGUAUAGAGGUCCUGGAUGGCAGGAAGCUUGGCCUCAGUGAUGUACUGGACCGUUCGCACUAUCCACUGUAGUGCCUUGCGGUCGGAGGCAGAGCAGUUGUCAUACCAGGCAGUGAUGCAGCCAGUCAGGAUGCUCUCGAUGGUACAGCUGUAUAACCUUUUGAGGAUCUGAGGACCCAUGCCAAAUCUUUUCAGUCUCCUGAGGGGGAAUAGGCUUUGGUCGUGCCCUCUUCACGAUAUAUGCUGGUUUCUGAAGAGAUGCUAUAUCUAUACGGCUCAGUAGUUUUGUUAAUCAAGUGAACAUUUUCACAAGAUGCACAGUCUAAAAGAACCUAAAACUAAAUGUGUUUGGUUUGGGAGCAUCUCGUUGUCAUAUCAAACACAAAAAUGCGAAUUCACCUAAAGCUGAGGAGAUUUGUCAUCCAUCACAUGAUGGCGAAUGCAAAUAUAUCAUCAUUAUUGCAAGAGCUGUAGGAAGAGUUGUAGCAGUUAAUCAGGAAACAAGUGGAUUUGUUGAUGAAAAUUCACCCUGGCCCUGAAUGAUGAAACCAAAUGUAUUAUUUGAUUAAAGAGUUUAAGAAUUACAUUGCAUUUAUUAAAUCGUGACAUACAGAGAACUUUGCUGUGGUUUUAAGCUACUGUUUUAGAAAGAGAAAGAACUCCCACUGAUUUGCUCUUGCUAGAGGCUUUGCUCAAAACGGAGAUCAAUAAUUGUGUUGUUUUUAUUCUGUGCUUCCAGACCUCCACGGCUACUGUGAAUAUUGUGGUCACUGAUGUCAACGAUAAUGACCCCGUCUUCGAUCCACUCAUGCCCCAAAACGUAACAGUUACAGAGGAGGAGGCCAACUCUUUUGUGGGCCAAGUAAAGGUAAGUCUGCCUUUAUGUAUACCACACUGUAUAUUUACUGUAUAG